AUGAAAUGGAAAACACUGACAAUACUAACGGCGUUAUGUGUCGUCACCCACUACGGUCCCGCGCCUUUCCUCUAUGUCGCUGUUGCAUGCAUUUUUUUCUUACUGGGCUUGGUGUUUUCAAUGGGCACACCGAUGCCUCCCAUAAAAUAUUUAAAGCGUAAAUGCGAGAUAAGCAAAGGACUGCCUGCAGUCACUGCUUCCAUGGACUACACUGGUGUGUACAGGCCGAAAAUUAAGUUGUCAUCCUCACCAGCUUUGGAUGUCGUGCUAAAUCAGAUUAUUUCCUACAUUCUUCGAGACUACAUUUAUUCCUGGUACUCAACUCUUACUUCAGAUGUGAUCUUCCCAAACGAAUUACAUAGACUUUUGCAGCAGAUUGUCACAAAUUUACUUGGAAGCAUUUCGCAAAAUAACUGGACACCUUUCUUGACAGAAUCGCUUCCUGUUUAUAUGGCUUCCCACAUCAGGCUCUAUCGCCUCAUGCUAGGACGGCUUGAUGAUAGCCCUAAUAAAGACCCAAUAAAACUAUUUUUCGACUGUGAAUGGGAAUCUGAGAAGACUACUUGUCGGGAACAAAUUUGUAUUUCCAAAGACGAGGAAGAGAAAUACCUCCGUAGCCUCUCUGAGAUGUUUUUGUUUUUUAUUUUACCCUCGGAGGAGUAUCGUGUCCCUGCCAUCCGCUACAUCGCAAGAGAGCUUCUAGUUCGUACGGUUCUGUUACCUACAGUCGACUUGCUCGCUGAUCCCGAUUUCGUCAACCGUUCAGUUUCCUGGCUUGCCAAAGAUAGUGCAUUCACUAGUGAGUACUUUGUUCAAUCCCUGCGAAUGUCAGACAGCACGGAAGAGCUGAUGAACGUAGUGGAACAAGCCAGCAGCUUCAUGGACAAGCUUCGAGGAUUUGAUUCAGGCGGUUUAGAUGAUGCGUCAAUCAAGGCUCAGUUGGGCAGCUUGGAUUACGUACGAAAAGUCUGUGAUAGAAGGCUUCAGCAGAUUAAGGAGGGUGUCAUCGAAAGGCCCGAAAACUAUCUUGCCUAUCGAUUACAACCAGGAACGCAACUCUAUGACAUGUCAUUCGAUGAAGUCAUGUCUAAAAGUGUCGCUCUGGUCAGCUUCCUAGAUUUCCUCAGUUCCAUCGACAAGGACUCGUUACUGCGUCUCUACCUCAACUGCGUCAGUUAUAGAGAAAAUGCUGAAAGCUUACUGCUCGAUCACGACAGCUUUGCCCGAUCAGAUUGUUUCUCUUCCUCGGCUGACGCUAUCGAACAUCCUAACUAUCAGGGGCUAAGUUCGAAACCUGUUGACUGUCAGAACGGGACCGACACCGUGGCAGACACUAACGACCUCGCUGCAUCCACCGAGGAGUCUACGGGAUUGGACGGCGCUGUGAGUACGCGGAACGAUGUCUCUGUUUCCAACCCUACUGUGGAUUUGUCAGAGCCAGCGACUGCUCUAGAUGAUCUCAAAGCUUUUGGCGUACUGUUGUGCAGCAACCUUUUAAAACAACUUCCUCCAUCCGCGGAACCUUUAGUUCAUCAGGUUUUACGUAAUCUCACCACAAAUCUUGGUGUUUGUGAUCCCAAGGCGUUCAUUGCCAUCGAGUCUAAGCUCUUGGAACUUUUAUCUGAUUCCCAAUGCUUCGGCGCCUUCAAACGGAGUCCGCAAUACAUUCAGUUGUUAGCUGAGCUAGACUUUUUGAAGGAAUCCACUGAUCAGAACUCUUCGUCAAAUUCGGCACCAAACGAUGCCAUAUCAAGCGGUAUAUUCCUGCUUUCCAAUGAUGUCACUGGGAGCGCGAUUUCAAAGCAAACAUCCGCAAACACAUCCAUUAAUCUGUCUCCCAGAACGUUCGAAUUUGGAUCUCCAGAGGAAUACACGCCCAUAUCAGAAUCGAAGAUAUAUCCGGAGUCCUCCACGCAUUCGAUCACUUCGGCAUCCACCUGCGUCGAGCCUCAUACCAUGACUUACUGCGCUCAGAUCAUCCGUACAGAAAUUAUGCAUGAUUCCUACGUUCUCUACACAUUGAAAGUCACUUGUACUUCUGUGGACUCUGGUCACGCCGACUUCUGGCAAACGUUGCGCCGGUACAGUCACUUUGCCGAACUGCACUCCCUGAUUACGGAACAAUGCAACAAUUUUGUUGGGCUAAAACUGCCUCCAAAGCGGCCUUUCAGUAAUCUGAGCGAACAGUUUUUGAGUCGGCGUCGUCGUGAGUUGAACGAAUAUCUUUCGGCCUCCGGUUUCAAUCCAUUUCGAUCAGUCAGUAAUGCCAUGAAGGCGGUACCCGAGACAUUGGCAGACGGUUUCUCCCGUGUAUUUAGUGCAAUGCAGCCAAACACACAUGGUAGUCAUUUGUCGGCGCAAUUCAGCCACGGACGAUCAGCUAGCCUCACCUGCGGACCAAGCCGCUUGCCGGAUUUUAUUUCUAGCAAAAGCGGAGAAUCUGCUGAUCAAAUUGAUGACGGGCCGAUUGGCGCCCUUUUUCUCCUGGUAGACGAAAUGUUCGGCCUACGACAGAAAAGUCAUCUUUCUCGCGAUACCAACUUCAUGAUCUUGCGUAAAAUAUUUCAGGCUUUCUUCGGUCUACGUGUAAACAAAAUGAUAAUUGCCAAGGCGAACGAAUUAACUAGUCCACACCGCCUUGCCGAAUUUUUGGCAUACUUGCGCGAUUUCAUUUGGCCACCAGCUGAUACUGCUGAACGAACUCGCCAGCUCCCUGAAAGAGACAAUGAAAUGAAGCUUCGCACACGUGUUCUUUGUCGAACCAUGCUGUUGGGUUCUGUCUCCGAGGACCUAGCGCAAUUUCUUGGCAAUGAGACCACUAGAAGAGGGGUUUCUCGCGUUUUUCGGUUACUACAGUACGAGCCUCUCAAUCGCCGAUUGGUGUAUUGCGUUCUGGAGGCAGUUUUAUGUCAAAUAUUCCACACUCACCAAGGUCCAUGGGAGAAUCUCAUUGAGGAACAAUUGUGCCCAUCAAAAUCCGGUCGACCUUGUCAAGCUCACCCGGCUUCUUCCUAAAACAGCUGUGUUUUGAUUUUUAACCGACAUUAACCUAUUUCUCAUUAGACUUUUUCACCACCAUUCUCUUGUUCUCG